AUGGAAGCAUUACUGGCUGGUCAGCAGGAACUUUACGGGCGCAUUGCGCGCACCAUCGAGAAUUUGAAAAAGGCAGGUGUUGCUAAGAUAACGCCUGCGCUCAUAUCUACAACCAUCAAGCUUCUCGACGCGAAGUGGGAGAGGUUUGAGGAACAGCAUGAGCGAUUACGAUGUCUUCAUUGGGAGGACAUGAAGAACCAUGAAUACUACAUGAACGAUCUUAUGGGUCAAGUUGAGGGCAUUUAUACUCAACAGAGGUCCGUGCUUCUCGACUAUCAAGAGUCGUUGGGCGCCACGGAGGAGACGAAACCAGUGGCUCUCAGCGCGCCUGCACCACCUCGCACGACCUUGCCAAGAAUUCAGUUGCCGAACUUCACGGGAAAAUAUGAAGAUUGGCCGGCCUUUCGUGACCUUUUUACAUCUCUGAUUGCGAAGGAGGCAUCAAUCUCGGACGUCACGAAGCUACAUUAUUUGAAGGUAAGCCUGAAAGGAGAAGCGGAACUGUUGGUAAGGAAUCUUCCGACAACUGACGAGAAUUUCGCUAGAGCAUGGCAAACCCUUAAGGACUAUUACGAGAACACUCGCCUUCUUGUUCGAUCGUAUUACGCGUCAUUCUCGGCAUUGACGAAAAUGAAGGCUGAGUCUGCAGCAGAGCUUCGCAAACUGUACCAUUGCGUUACGAGUACUGCGGGGGCACUCGAAAGCAUAGGACGACCCAUUUCGAGCAGCGAAGACCUUUACGUCUUCCUGACGGUCGAGCUGUUGGACCCUCGCUCACGACGCGAGUGGGAAACACACAUUGGUGACACUACUGAGCCACCGACCUUCGUGGAGCUGCGGCAGUUUUUGGAGCGUCGGCUUCACACUCUGGACGCAUUACAGACUACCAAGCCGGAAGCCGUGCCGGGAAAGCCAGGUGACCGAACAACAAAAUCCACACGCACACACCUUGCGCAGCGAGAGAAGGAGCGCUGUAGCAUGUGCCGGCGCGACCACUUUUUGAUGCUGUGUGAGACGUUCAAGGGGAAAACCGGCAAGGAGAGAAAGGAUCACGUGGACAGUAUGCAGCUGUGCCACAACUGUCUAGGAAAGCACAGGGUGAGUGAUUGUCAAUCGAGGAAGUUCUGUACCGUGUGCGGGGAGCGUCACCACACGACCUUGCAUGACGCUUAUCGUACGCCAUCGAGUGACUCAAGCCAGACGAGCAGUGCGGCGACGAAAACGUCCCACGUUGCUCUUCCCGCGCCGGAAAGGCAGCUUGCAGUUCUUCUCGCAACUGCGCGUGUUGGCAUUGCCGAUCGGUCCGGAGACCUUCAAGCCGCGCGCGCAUUAGUUGAUCAGGGGUCUGAGUCCUCAAUCGUGUCAGAGGCUUUCGCGCAGCGACUGCGGCUUCCGCGCACUCGGGCAUCCACAGCCGUGUACGGAGUGGGGGGGCAGCAGGCGGCCAUCGCGCGGGGACAAAUCUCCUUGAAAAUUGCGUCGCGCCUCGGCGAUUUCGUGACGACAGCAACGGCGAUAAUCUUGCCGCGACUGACCGUGUACGCUGGGGUGGCAAGCACCGCGGUGGCGGAUUGGCCGCACCUCAGAGACCUGCAACUCGCCGACCCUGAGUUCUUCGCAUCCGAGGAAAUUGACGUUCUUCUCGGCGCCGAUGUCUACGCCUCCAUUCUCGGUCCGGGUGUCCGAAAGGGGGGUGAGGGUGAACCGGUGGCGCAGGAGACUGCGCUCGGGUGGAUCGUGUCGGGCACGGUGGACGUGGUCGCAUCGCACACGAUCACCCAUUUGCAUCAGUGCACGCUAGGCGAGCCAUUAUCGGUCCUCGUGCGUAGUUUUUGGGAGCAAGAGGAGGUGUGUCAGCGUCCGAUGCCACUGACCCCUGAAGAGCAAGAGUGUGAGGACAUCUAUGCUCGAACGCACUUCCGCAACUCGGAAGGCCGAUAUGUAGUGCGACUGCCAGUCCGAGCGCCCCUUCCUGAUCUCUCCUCCACACACCGAGCCGCUGCUCGCAUGCUCACUCAGAUGGAGGGACGCUUCGCACGAGACGCUCGGCUGCGGUCGCUGUACUCGGAGUUCAUGGAGCAAUACGAGGCUUUGCAACACAUGUCUCGGGUGAAAGAUGCUGAGGUCAAGAGCGCGAAAUGUUACCUGCCACAUCAUGGAGUACUGAAGGAGGCCAGCACAACCACGAAGUUACGAGUCGUGUUCAACGGAUCCCUGACUACUCCAGAAGGACACUCUCUCAACAACCAUCUAAUGAUUGGCCAAAAUUUGCUGCCGCCACUGGCUGAUGUGCUCUUGCGAUGGCGUUGGCACCGGUACGUCUUCGUUGCAGACAUCGAGAAGAUGUACCGCCAAAUCCUGGUGCAUCCGGCAGAUCGUGACCUUCAACGGAUUCUAUGGAGAGACGCGCGAGAGAAGGCGGCGCUGGAGUAUCAGUUGAAUACGGUGACAUACGGAAUGGCAUGCGCGCCAUUUCUGGCCAUUCGCACCUUACGCCAACUGGCCGACGAUGAGAGUUCGAGGUUCCCAAAGGGUGCUUCAGCACUGAAGCAGGACACGUAUGUGGACGACAUCCUCACUGGGGCGGCGACAUUAGAGGAGGCGUGCAGCCUUCGGCAGCAGCUCAUUGGCGUUUGCAUGGCGGGCGGCUUUCCGUUGAAGAAAUGGGCAGCAAACGACGCGCGACUUCUUGCUGGUAUCCCGGACGACGACCUUGCACAACCGGACCCACGAGCAACAGCAUCAGGGCCAUUCGGCUCUGGGACUGCAAUGGCACCCGGGCUCGGACAGUUUCUCUUUCGUUCCGCGGCCCGGCAAACCUCAAGUCGUAACUAA